AUGAAAGAAGUGAUUCGGGGAUUUUUACUUUUUUGUUCUCUGGUAUCAACCGUGAGCGCAUAUACCUUAUCGGACGAGCAGAAUUUACGGACGUCUCUAUUGACGGGGUAUGAUAAGGAGUUGAGACCAGGAAUAGAUAGAGCAUUUCCCCUUCAAGUAAACACAUCCUACUUUUUAUUUUCUAUAAACGAGUUCGAUAUGGAUACAGGGAAAUUCACUCUGACUGGUUUCUUCCUACAGCAGUGGUUUGAUGAAAGACUUUCCUGGGAUCCCGCCAACCAUAAUCAGACAAACUCAACCAUAAUAUUACAAAACAAAAUAUGGCUGCCCAACCUGAUUAAUACGAAUCCUUUUGAAGACAUCAGAGGGCUUGGAAGUGAGCUGAUUUCAGUACGUGUGUCCUCCACUGGUUUGUGUGAAUGGUAUGCCCUUCAGGUGCUGGAGGUGAUAUGUGAUCCCGAUGUUUCCAAAUUUCCUUUUGACACCCAGUACUGUACUAUGAAAUUUUUCAUUGGUGGUUAUCUACCAUACGAAGUAAACGUCAAUUUCGUAACAUCAGAAGUGUUUUUACAAUUAUAUCAUGAAAAUGGUGUAUGGGAAAUUACUGCUUCUACAACUCACACAAAGUUAAACCUUUAUGGGUAUGAAGAAGUUGUUGUUGGACUUCAUUUGAAACGAAGAACAGCUUACUACACCGUUAGUCUGAUAUUGCCAGUAUUGGCAAUCUCAGUACUGCUGGGUUUUGUCUUUAUUCUUCCUCCUGAAUCUGGCGAGAGAUUGGGAUUUAGUACCACAGUUCUACUAUCAAUAGUUCUUUACCUUACUUUAAUUCAAGACAUGCUUCCUGAAUCCUCAGAACCGAAUGUGUCCAUUAUUGGCUACAUUCUGGUAAGCUACGUAAUGACAGGUGCAAUCACUGUAAUUUUUGUAAUCUUUGGUUUUAGAAUUCAAAGUUCUUGCAAAAAACCCGUUCCUCGAUUCAUUGCAAGCACAGUGAAAUGUUUUCGUAGGAAAAGGAAAGGAGUUAACUCUGCAGAAAGCUUGGAAACAAAAUCUGUGGCCAUUGAUGAGGAUGAUAAUGACGGAGUGUCUUGGAUUGAAGUUGGAAGAUUUUUUGAUAAAAUGUGUUUUAUUGUCUCUUUAAUUCAAAUAGCAAUAUCGAAUAUAAUUUUUAUGUCCAUUGUGUAUUCAUAG